UGCAACAACCAUGCAUGACAAAGGGAUUCAGUCCCCCUCGCAACACACAACUGUGCCAUUUACUCUACUUGAAGCAGUUCCAGGGAGUAGGCACAGAAUCAAAGGAAGCUCCAAAUCAGUUCAGCUUGGGCUGCAAGAACACCGUGCACGUUUUCAUUUAGACUACAAUUAUAUCAACAGUUAUCUUCAAAGCAAGGAACAUUAUAAACACCAUCAUGAUUAGGAAUCCUGAUUUCGACACAUUUGUUUGCUGUGCUGUGUGUUCAAAACUAAUUCCACCGCCACCUAGAAGAGAGACCUAUGAGCGGAUUAGGGAAUAUAAACCUUUCAAGACUCGAUAUUAUACUCACAAAGAUAUCCUGGAUGUUGGGGCAGACAUUAAGGAACAAGAAGCAGAGAGAAGAGAACAAGAAGUACAAAAGCGGAUUGAAAAAGUGCAAAAGAAAUUGUUGUAUCAGGCUGAGAAGGAAAAAGAGGAGGCUGUAGAUGAUGCCCUUAUUCAUGCUGCAGCCCUCCACAAGCAAGACCUAGAAGAGCUUAAAAAGAAACAUGAACAAGAACUGCAGGUGGCUGUGAUGAAUACGAGGACAGAAAUGCUGAAACAUCUGGAAGUGGAGCUGAAAAGAGAAUCAGAAGCUGCUGAACAGCGAAUGACCCACAAACUCCAGCGGCUCAUGUUGGAGAUCUCUCUGGAGAAGAUGGCAGCUGUGGCCGAAGCAAGGGAUCAGGAGAGAUCCAAAACAGCUGAAGCUCUGGCCAAGCAACAAAUGUACUGUGUGGAACAAUUACGGCGGGCUGGAACAAUCGCUAAUGAAAUCUAUCAGAAGAACCUGAAACAAUUAGCCUGGGAGCAAAAACAUGAAAUGGAAAUUGCCUUCACUAUCUCCCAAAAAGAAUACCAGGAAGAAACAGAGAAGCUCCUCAAAGCAGCAGAGGCUGUCCGGGAGGCUCAGUUGGAACAGGUGGUGACUCAGGUGAAUGAAAAAGACACUGAAAUUUUCUCUCUUUACCAGAAACUGGAAUAUAUUACGAAAUGGAAAGACAGUUUGGAAGCUGAAAUAGUGGAAACAAGAGAAGCAUUUCAGAAGUAUAUUGAUGUCACAUUCCCUCAACUUGCCCCAGGACAAGCACAUUUUAUCUUGCCAUUCAGAAUAUCAACGGAAUUCACAGCUAGUGGCGUAGACAUUCAAGGUCAAUGAAUUAAAGACUCUCCAAGGAUCCACUCAUUUGCUACAACCAUCUGGCUCUGCUGUCAGAGUGUUCUAAGAAACAAUAAACAAAUCCAUCCUCUUUCACUCCAUACACAUUUUUGGUGGGAGUAUUUAGAUAUGUUUACCCUGUCU